AUGCCCAACUUUCUAGGUAGCCGCGGAUCCUCGAUAGACGAGACACGACGACACGAUGGCGGCGACGAAACUACCAAGGAGGACGAGACUGUCAUGGACUCGGAGCAGGGGAACAUGCUCUCUCACAUCAUAUCGCAACUGCGACCUGGUGCCGACUUGAGCCGCGUGACGCUUCCCACCUUUAUUCUCGAGCCGCGAUCGAUGCUGGAGCGCAUAACAAACUUUAUGGCACACCCCGAGACACUCCUCCCCAUUACCAAGGUCGACGACCCAGUGCAGCGAUUCGUAGCAGUGACAAAGUUUUACCUGAGUGGUUGGCACAUCAAGCCCCCGGGAGUCAAGAAGCCGCUCAACCCCAUCCUGGGUGAGAUCUUCACAGGUUACUGGGACUACCCGGACGGCACCAAGGGCUACUACAUCUCCGAACAAACGUCGCACCAUCCGCCCAAGUCGAGCUACUUCUUCAUGGCACCCGAGCACAACAUCCGCAUCGACGGUACCCUCAAGCCCCGAAGCAAGUUCCUGGGUAACUCAGCCGCGAGUAUGAUGGAGGGUAUUGCAGUCCUGCGGCUGCUGAAUACCGGCGAACGAUUCUUCGUUACACAACCCAACAUGUACGCGCGCGGAAUACUAUUCGGCACGAUGAAGUACGAACUUGGCGACCACGCAUACAUCCGGUGCCCUGAGACAGGACUAACUGCUGAUCUUGAAUUCAAGACCAAGGGUUAUUUCAGUGGAACAUACAACGCCAUUGGUGGUUACAUCAAAGACUCUAGCGGGAAGAACUUGUACGAACUCUCGGGCCAGUGGAACGAGGAGAUGUACAUCAAGGACUUGACGACUGGCAAGAAAGAGCUACUUUUCGAUGCAGCACAUACUAAACACACCCCACCAUCGGCUCGACCUCUGGAAGAACAAAACGACCGCGAAUCGCAAAAGCUCUGGCAUGAUGUGUGCGAGGCUGUAAAACGGAGAGAUCAGGAUGUAGCAACCGAUGCUAAGGCUAAGAUCGAAGACAUGCAGAGGCAGGAAGCUGCGAAACGAAACAGCGAGGGUGUGGACUGGCACCCACAGCUUUUCAGACGCGUAAAGGGUGGUCAUGGCGGUCCUGAGGAAGGCGAAGAAGACCUUGACUGGAUCAUCAACGCCAAGAUUGAUGGCAAGACCCCCGAUGAGGUCGUCAAACAAAUCCUGCAGAUAUAUGCCAUCUUGCCCGGUCAAAAGCCAGAAAAGCAGUUCAACAUUCCCUCGCGGGCAAAUGAUGCACCACCACCGCAGCCACAAGAGGCCGCACAGCCAACACCUACGGAAACAUUGCAGCCCGUGCCAUCCGAACCCCCAAGUGUGCAAUCACAGCCAGCAGUCAUGCCAGGACAACAAGAUUCGAGCGUAGGUCUUCCCAGCAACUUCGACGGAACAACAACCACUCAUGCUCCGCUUUCCAAAAACAGCAGCAUCCCCAACGAUCCUAGCAACCCCCCAACGAUACCUCUCCAAAAGCCCAUGCCGCAACCCACUACCAUCUCACCCGAGAACCGGGAGGUCAUCUCGCGUGAACUGCCGCCGAGCAAACUCCUUAAUUCAAACCCAGAGCCAGAGCCACGAAAGGACGACCUUCUACGGAGGACAGAUAGUGAGACGCAGCAGGAGGAUGAGUUCCAUGAUGCACAAUCGUGA